AGCGGAGCCCAGGGGCAAAUCCUGGUGCCCAGGGAGGGCCAAGGCUGCUGGCAUGGGGAGCCACGGAGGUAGGGCUGUCACUGGCCAUGCUGCCCCCUCCGGCCCCGUGUCCGUGCCAUGUGUGUAGCAGUGAGUGCUGUGUCGUUGUAGACCCAGUCAAUGUCUCAUGUAGCACAGAGGUGCCCUGUAGCUCAGUGCCUAGGAGGUGAUGUAGCACCUCGAAUAAAUGAAAUGUGAAGUUUUAGCUUGCUGCAGUCAUGUCGUCCUGCUGUGGGGGGGACACGGGUUGCCCCAGCUUGCUUACCACUUGCUUGAGCCUUAUUGGUUUUAGCUCCAUGCAAAGUCACACUCUCUAAAACGCAGACAGGCCAAAACAGAUGCAGGCGAGAGAUUCAGUCUUUUAAUGAGAUGACAUUAGAAAAAAUCUCAUGGGCUGGGGUAAAUAUCAAAUGUGAGCACCUGACCUUUCAGAGAGGAUGGCCAGUGUGCUGCUGCUGCAUCAAGCUGUGCACAUGCCAGGGCAUUGCACGGAAAAAAGUUGGGCACGGGUCAGAGAAGAGCCGCUUGCUGCGUUUUUGGAGGAAUAUCCUGGGAUACCUGGGCUGGCGGUACCUCUGAUGCUUGAAGCAUCCUUUCAUCCACCUCUGGAGUUGCCAUAGAAACACUUCUGUGCUGGAGCCAGCAUCAACAUGGGGCCCCAAACUGGGGAUUGAGGCUUGUGGCAGCUGGGGGGACUCGCCGGCAGCAGGGCAAGGUUAGUGACUUGUGCUGUGCUGGGAGGUCUGGGGGCUGGAAAGAGAGAUCCCAUCCUCUGAGCAUGGUACAUGCAGGGCUCUGGCACUCUGCUGUGAAUAUUGCAGUAAAUUGCACUCUCACAGCACUUCCCUGAAAUGCUUUGGUGGGACAGGUAUGGUACCCCACCCCAGCCUGCCAGCCCUUCGCAGAAGCCACUGAGGCUCCUAAGAACCUCACUCACCACAAGUUUUGUCGUGUGCAACCCUAAAUCACAGAGUUGCACUGGAAACGCAGACCUGAUUAAUGAACUCAUCCCAUGGGAGCACGGCCUGGACAGGAUAAAUCAGGCACUGAGUCACCAGCAGGCUGACACUCCUCUGCAGCAUUCCCUUCCAAUGUGGCAGGCUGCAGAGUGGGUGCCGGUGCAUGGAACCACCUUGUCCAAAUGCAAGGCCACACCAGCUGCACCUUAGCACUUUGCUGUUGUGUGUCCCCGCUGCGGUGACAUUUCCAGCUGCCCUACAGUCAGCCUGCCUCUUUUAUUAGCACCCAAGUCUCUUCUUGCAUGUGACUGGGGAGUUUGGGGUGCAUCCACCGAUCGCAGCACCGCUUGACUUGACUGUUUCAAUUGAGAGGAAUCUGUGACCUUUCCUAAAAGUCUGGAUUGCUCAUUCUUUUCUCUCUCCACUUUUGGGCACUGGAGCAGAAUCCCAACCAAAUGAGGGGAAGAGAGCGUCCAAGACAAGAGCCAAGAACGUCUGGGGAUGGAUGGAGAAAUCUUCAGGCAAAAAGGCAAAACAGAUGAUGGCCCUGACUGUGCUUAAGACUGACACAUUAUUAAGUGAAGAGCUCAUGUGAGAUGCUAAUGAAAUGCUAACAAAUUGAAGGAAAAAAAACAGUUGAGGGACAUACAAGAUAUAUUGCUGUCUAUCUCCUGGUAUGUUCUUCUAAUUUUUACUAAAUGAAAGGCUUCAAGUGUCUGGACAGACUCCCUAAUGCUAGAAGCAGUCUGUUACUCCAGAUAGAAGGAAUUCUACAAGCCAGCACCUGGCAACACUUCUGAUCUCCACAGAGCUGUGUUAUGGAUGAGGGAGACUGGGACUGGAGCUAGCUAUCAAACCUAUAAUUAAAAAAGUGUUUUCUUAUAGAAAUUUCUUUCUGUUGUCAGGAGAGAUGGAAUACAGAAUCUCAUUUAUCGUAUUCCACAAAUUCUGUAGACACUCAAACCAGAAAGUUCCAGUCACAUCAGAAACACGAAUAGUUCUGCAUAAUAACUUAAAAUAACACACCGAGUCCUAUGGCUCAUGCACAGAGUGCCAGCAAAUCCUUUCCUAAUAGCAGUGCUGUGAUAGGUAGAAGGCCCUGUGGGCUCCCAUGGAUGGAGUUCUAGAUUUUCCAAUAAAAGGAUGGAAAAACACCGUUUGUGAUGCAGGGUCACAUCCAACCUCAACACAGCAAUAGCAGCACUGGGCAUUAGCCUGCCCACUCAAGUUGUACAAAGCAGACCAAAGCCUUCCUUUACUCAAUUGGUGCCAUAACUACAGAUAUCUCUGCAUCAGUGCUCUCUGGAGGAAGGUUGGGCUUCCAUCCUUAGACAGCUUGACUAUCAGACCACUGCAGUGGGAGCACAGCCUCUACUUCAGUCCUAGAAAAGCUUCCUACCACUGAAUCAUCGCACAGGCAAGAGUUAACGAUCAUGGAGAUAAAUUUGAGCUAUUUAUACAGAUGUAGCCCUGUUGUUACAAGCAGAAACAAUGCAGCAGAGUUGCUCCAAGCCGUCUGUAAAGAGUAAAAGUCCAUAAUUCUUUAAGUCAAGGCUUAAGUUCUGUAGGAUUUGUUAAUGAAACACAGCAUGGUUAUUGUUUUGACACCUCAGAGCUCCAGGCUGCAUUAAUGCUAAAACGUCUCUCCAGGCAAGAGGAGCUUGAAGGGGAUGUGAUGAACCUCUCUAGUCUAUCUUCAAAUUUAUAGCAGCUUUAUUUCUGCAGCAUUCUGUUGCUUAUGGAGCACCUUCAGAACUGGCAAACAAACAGCUUAACUGGCACUAAAAUAGCUUUGAAUAAAAAGGGGGAAAAAAUAGGCAAGCAAGCGUGCCCAUUUUCCAUCCCUGAAGAUGGGGAGGAUAAAAAUUCCAGUGAAGCCAUAUUUGAGAGUCUUUCUGCAGGGCAUGUUUAGAUCAUGGGCUAUUUCUGUCAGACUAGCAAGUAAAAUUAAGCCGUUCUGCAUUUCCGAGAGCGCUGUUGAUGCUGGGGACCGCACAGCCCUUGGGCACAAAGCGCCCCAGCGUGCUGCAUGGAGCAGCCAAGGGUCCGCAGGCUCAAGCACCUCCUUCACACAGCACUGGGGUGGGUCCCACCUGUGUGGGGACAGCUGAGAACCCAGCUCUGUAAGGAGCCUGCAGGUCCAGCUCCACGUCGGCCAUGUUGGCUGUGGUAGCCAUGUUGGCCGUGGCAGCCAUGUUGUCUAGGCCUCACUAGGCCCCACGCUGAGCCACGCUUCCCCCUCAGCAGCUGUGCUGUGUCCUGAGGGAGCCUUAACUCUGUAACACUCACAAACUGCCCCCAGCUCAUGCAAUACACAAGUUUCCUGGGGACAGAGCCCAGGGGAAGCAUUCCUCACCCCAGCCCCAAAAACACACUGGCUGCAGGGUGACCAGGCUGCAGGUUGGCUGCUGCUAUUGCAGUGCAGCCAUCAGCCCCACAGGUGGCUGUAUGCAGGAUCAAUAGCUCUUGUAUUCUUCCUUUCUAACAGUUAACCUUGAAGGGAAAAAAAAAAAUGAAUUUCAACGUCUGGAAUAUCAAGGAGAUGCUCAGCACUCCCACAGCCUCCGGGUAAGUGCUGUGUGUUUUCACACCCGUCACACUACAGCCAUCAGAGCCUUUAAGUACAACAGCCUCCCUCAGGAAUUAAGAUGAUGAGGAUGUUAUAAAUACAAAGUGCUCCUUCCUGACGCGGAACUGGUUAGAGUACCAAAUAGUUUGGAGGUCUUGCACUGCCAAUAUAAAGCACUCCUGGGACUGGCAACAUUUUGCAUGUUUAAGAGCAUUUACUCAAAUUAAAAACAUUUUAGUGGUCCACUUACUUGGAUUCAAGACAUAUAAGCAGAGGGAUCGUGGUGAGCAGCAGGUUAUAUUGCCCAUGUUGAAUACUCCUGCAAAUGUGGUGUAAUACAGUGAAAUAUGGAAACAGGAACAGCCACUAUGCCUGCCCUAUGCCCAGCUUUUGGUGGCUUUCAGGCUGUUCUCUUGGCUUGGUCCAGUAUAGGAACAGGCAGGAACUUUGCAAGGGAUAUAAGCUAGGAGGUGAUCCAGCAGGAUCACCUGGAACAGGAGGUACCACCAUUUUUUUGUUAUAGCUCCCUACUUCUAGAAAUUGUUGGAGAAACUGCCAUAAUUACAUGGUCACUGUAUUACCGAAGCGGGGAAUGACUACAGGAAUGACACAAAAUAUGCCUAAAAUUAAUCUGUGGUUAAUCAUGGUCUGCUGAAUUAUGGCUAAUUAACCUACUCUGUGACUCUGUUUCUGUCUGCAUUUCUCUCAGCCUACUAAGCACCGUGAUAGAUUUACCACUGUAGGAAUUUUAAAAUCAACACUGGAUGCUCUGAUGAAAGCUAUUCUAUUUCCUGCUGAAAGCUUUGAGCAGGAAUUUAUUCAGGAGAGUCCUAUGGCCUAUCUUAUGCAACAUGUCUAAUUAGAUAAGUUAAAUGUUCCCUUCUUGCCUUGCGUAGAAGAUAGAUAAAAUGAAUCACGAUUUGCAAUACCAUUACAUGUUAUGUAACUCUAAAAUUAUUCCAUAUGCUGCAUCUAUAUGCAUGGCUGAAUUUUUUUCCCCAGUAGAAGUCAAAGAGCAGCUAUAACUCCCCACACCUACAAUAUAUAAUGAAUCAACAAAUAUUAUUUGUAUUGAACGUCUAGAGAGCAAAUGCAUAAAACCUGCCCUUUUUUUUCUUUCUUUCUUUCUUUUAAAACAGCAGAUUAUCAACCUUUGCAUCACUUGGCUUAAAAACAGAGCCAGAUUUAUCCCUCAUUUAACUCUGGAGAAGCUAAUUGAUUAAUUUUGUCCUCUGAUCUUCUGGUAGUUAAAUAACCACUUAUAUAACUAACUGUUGUUCAGAUUCACAGUUUUAGUCAUAGCGCCUCAGAUGUGGCCUGAUGUUACAAUGAUGAUAGAUGAUAAUGAAAAUAUAAUAGCAAGUUCCUUCCCCAUUAUAAAAGUACUUGUCGCGUAGGUAUGAAUUAAUUGAGUUUUGCACAGAUGCAGGGGUCAAAGAGGACCCAACUCAGAGAAAAGUAUGUUUGUACCUGUCACAAUUUAGCCUUUAUAAAUAUGCAUUGCAUCAUUAUAUUGUCUUCUUGGUACCUGCAGGUUGGUUUUUGUUGUUUUUUCUUCCUGCUUUUAUUAAAGCCUUCCCUCUUAACUAAUCUAACAACACACAAUCGAAACACAGAUGAGAUUUUAACACCUGCUCCUCAGCACUUCACUUUCUUCGCAAGUGAGUUGGGAGGGUCAAACAGGGCAUGAAACAAUACUGAGAAUGAAGCUGAGCUUUUAGAGGAGUUAAAAGGAGAACUCAGAAGGCAAAUUAACUCCUUUUAAAGGAAAAAAAAAGUUAGGAGCGUGUGCACAAGAUUGAGAUACGGGGAAAAGGUGUUAAUAACUUCCCCCAUCUCGCUUCUCCUGUUACUAGAUCCUUUUCUCACUACAGCAAGAUAUGAUACGCAGACUGCAUAGUACUGCCUUUCAGAAAGCUUCCAAGAUGAAACAUAAAAUCAGCACACAGCAUUGACAGGGUACGCCUCAAAGGGUUCGUUCUUUGCACAGGAAAGAGGAGAAGCGUUACUUCUGAGAGCAGCUGCCACCAGGUCCAUGAGCAGUGCAGGACUCCAGUGAUGUAAUAAGGCCACAAGAGAGUUUCUGCAGAAGCCCAACGUUGCUCUGCACUGCUACCUCUUGUGCUUCCUUCCUGCCUGCAUCUCGGAACAGACCGGGGACUUGGGGUUUGAUUCACAAUCCAUCAAACAUGUGUGUUCUUGUCUGCAACUGCUGGCAGCCUGAGAAAUAGGAUGGGGGAGCCAAAGUCCCCACUUUACCUGUUCUUAUAUAUGAAUAUUGACAUAAUAGAGAUCCUAGAGACCCAUCAGAAGGAAGAUUAGCUAGUUGGACACUGUAAUAUCAGGGUGCCAAUCAUUUGAGAAGGUAAGAAGAGCUCACGCUGAUAACGUGGCAGCUAUGCUGCGGAGAAAGCUGAGAGUCCAUUUAAGUGUACCAACAAACAACACAACUUGGGGGGAUUGGAAUGCCAGACACAAUUAGGGAAUGUGUCGCAUUAAAGCUGCACUGCUGCCUGCCUGGCCAGGAGGGCGCACGGAGAAAGAUCACAGGGGAUCUGAGCACAGUGGUCACAAAAGCAGUGAUGCUUCAAUUAGCCUUCUAUCGAUUGGGCGGUCACAGUGCUGAAACCAGAUUUUCAACAUCAUUAAGACCUGCUCAGUGAGAGAACUCCCAGGGAAGAAUUGCAUCUUGCCUUGGUCCCAGGCUGGGCACAAGACCCUCGUUUGGAGUAUUACUCCAUUAUUCUUGCAGCGCUGCCAUAGAAGUGACAGUAAUGAACUGGAGUCAGCAUCUCUGCAGGAGAAACGGGAGCCAGAAAUCCACCACAGAAAUGUUUAAUUUCCAAAAAGACACGGACGUAGAAAUAAAGCAGCUUGUUAGAAAGGAAUUUAAAGGGGUGGCAGAAAGGGCUGUUGGUUCGCCUGAGGCAUAGAGAUUAUUUAGACCUCGAGCUGAAGCACAGAACAAAUGCAGAGCAGCUAUCAGAGCAGAGUGAGAAGGACCAGUACCAAACUGACACGGUUAAAUAGCAUGGUAAAGAAAAUGAGGGCAUCCUUUAAGAAAUUAAAGAGCAUUAAAAAUGUAAAAAUGGGAAGCAAUGUAUUAUAAUUUUAAAUUGAAGUUACCAUAAUUUUCUUGUUCCAUGUGAAAAGCAGUGACUUGCCAAAGGCAUAGUAACUACUAAUGAACCAAUUUCGAAAGGCAGCAGGAGCAGAAAGCCAGGCAGAGAGUGGAUAAGGCCAAUACAUGAUGAAAAUACUGAAGAGAAAUAUUGCAUUCAAAAAAGAUGCUAUAACAUGAAGCCUACUUGUGCCAUUUAUUCUCCAUGGCAUAUUUCUGCUUUGAGAAAAGACUUCCGAGGUUAACAGCCUCAUCCAAACCAUUAUUUCAUUAAAUUCCAUCCCAUACAGCAGAACCACAAAUUCUGAAGUCACCUUAAUGUCCAAGAAUUAGCAGAAAGCGAAGGAGAUGGACAAGGCAGUGACCGAGAGAGCGCCUCAAAAAAACCCCUGAGCCUUAUAGGACUGUGCAGGCUGGAAGACGGCUUCAGACCGGGGGACAAAAACUGUCUCCAGAGGUCUAAUUCCUAAUAUGGCCAGGGAUAAAUGUGUGAGCACACACGGCUGCGCCGCAGCAAUCUCUGCCUGCUGGCUCCUCGCUCAGGACAAAAGAGCCGACGCGGUUUCCAAGGCCGAACAAGUUCCUUGCCCGCAGCAGCGCUCUGAGUGACUACUCAAGUCUGAGCGACUCCCAGGUGCUCUUCGGCUCCCAGUUCUGCCCAGAGAAUGUGCAGUCAGCAGCACCGCUGGAGCUGGGUAUGCAGCUGGGCCAGCACAACUCCCAGGACAGCGAGCCCAGUAUUUUUACCAAAUACCAAGCAAAACCACAGCUAUUUGAUGAAGAUACAAGAGAAAAAGGGUUGCUUAACUUCGGUGCAGGACAAGGGAAGACAGUCCUGGAAAAUUUCAAAGCGAAUAAGAACAAAAUAAAGGACAAAUACGAUCGAGAAGUGUUAAGCACCUUUAUUUCCAGCAUCAACGAGAGGCUUCAAGGGCUGCAAACAUGCUUGGACAAGCUUGAAGAAGAGUUCAAUUCAAGAAACAAAUCCAUUUCUGUUCACCUGGAGACCAUUUCCAAGACACUGCAAGAUGCUCUUCAAAGUCACAGCGAUGUGGUGCUGAAAGCCCUGGAAGAUAAAAGCCAAAUGGAGCAGGCGCUGCUGGAGAUGGAGAGGAGACUGGCGGCCAAAGAUGUGGAGAUUUCAGACGUGAAAUCCAGUGUCCUGCAGCUGAAGGAGGGCCUGGAGUCACUGCCAGCUCAGCUCGGUGACCACCACCUGAAGCUGUGUGAAGAAUUACACUCCCUGAAGCUCCCCAGUGCCUUAGCUGAGCUGCAGACCUUCAUGUCCAGUGCCAGAGUCCCCCCCAGGAUGAUGGAUAACUCCUCCCAGACCUCGCCUGGCACAUGCCAGGACUGUGCCCCACAUCAGCAGAAAGCGCACUGGCUGUGCUGCCAUGGAAUGGGGGGCUGCAGCUCCUUGGGUCUGUCUGCUGCAGGGAAGCAGCAUGGAGUCACUGGGGAUGUGACACCUCGGGAUGGCUUCAGUACAGCUUCUGAAAGCAAAGUCAGCCCCGUUGCUACAGCCGUGGAAUCUUCCUUGGUAGCACAGAGCUGCUCUCACCAUCCGUGUGUGUGCAGUGCUAACAGCCAGUUUCUGGGGGAUGGUCGGAAGAAGCACAUUCCCAUACUGCAGGAGAUAUCCCCAGUCACUCCUCUGAGGAAGGCAAUCCGCAGAGGCACCAGAGGAUUUAAACCCGUGACACCAUCACAACAGAGGCAGCCUCAAGUGUGCCAUCUCUUUGUGCAAAGCGACGUGUCUGGGCAAAGAGAUGGGAACUCAUCCACAGACCAGGAGCUGGAGAACAUAGCCGUAGGGAACAAGGCAAAGCAGAAGUUGGGAAGGAUCCCCUGGAAUAAAGUAGUGGAGAGGAAGAAAACAUACCCCGGAAAGAGAAAGGGGGAGCUCACCACGUGUGCUGAUGGUGGGCUGAAGCAAGUGAGAGCAAACAGGAUUAUUGGGUCGGGAAGCACAAGAAAAAAUCGCUUUCCCAGAUAUACAGUUGCUGUCAGUUUAGCAAGCUCUAACCCAAUUUCCACAGCUCCCCAUCAGCAGAUGCUCAGCAGCGCUCAGCCCAGGCUUACAAGGAGUUUCCUGCCAGUGCCGUGCUCCAACAAAAGCAUGCUCCAACUUGCAGACCAAAGAAAGAGAAGUUUGGAAAAUAAAAAAAGAGUGAUAGUCUCCAGUGUGAGAAGGGAUUUCUGGGAUUCCUCUCCCCAGGAGAGUCUGUUCUCCCUGUGCAGAACAGGUGAAAAACAGGCGAGCUGCUCCCCAGGCUCCACCAACCCGUGUCCUGGCAACGUGCAGGGCACGGAAUGUUGCUCCUUAGUUUUCGAUAGCGACUAUUCAGAUUGAAUAUUCUGAUUGUUUUCAGAGCCUCCAGUGCAGACGUGGCCGUCUCUGUUGCCGUUUAUUCCCCCUGUUAAGUUUCCUACAUCUGAUGUUGGGAGCUCCUGUUGGGACUGCCGAGAAGGGCUGAGUGUACCCGUAUGAGCACAGCCCCUUGAAAACAGGCAGGGCUCCUGCCUGGCGCCCAAGCAUGUCACUGCCUGCUCGGAUCCAUCCUCAGGGACAGCGUGGGAUCUGAGACUUGGAAAGCUGUGUGGGUCUGCAUUAUUUUACCCCGCAACCAGAAGUGCCCCGGGCUCUGCUUACUGUUGUGUUCAUACAGCAGAGAAGUACCCGCACUUGGCUGAGACUUUCAGCCCUACACUUCAAUAACAUCUUUGUAGAUGGAGGCUUUCACUCUUCUCUUCCUCGCAGUCUCUGUUUUGGUUUGCAUGUCUGAAAGUUCUGACUUUUGGCUCCUUAGAAAGUAGGCGUCUUUUUCUGGCUGGUUUUGGUAAGGUUGAGAUUUGCCCCGAGAGCUGUUGCUGAGCGUUGGGCGGAUACGGGCUCAGCUGAGGAAAGCAAAGUCCCAGCAACCCCGUGCAUCGACUGCCGUGCUUCUUCUCCCUUGAGGCCAAACUUUCUUCGUUUCAGGAAAUUCGGGACGUUUCGUUUCUAUCAUAGCAGUCUCAUGUCUCUCUUCAUGAGUAAAGGAUGUGUCCACCUUAAGCUGCUCAAGGAUGGAUCUCGGACAGAAGCCCAAAGAAGCGAAGUCAAAAUUCAACAGCUUCAGUACCCGAUGGAUAUUUCUCAUCUUUGGGAUGUGGUUCUUUGGCUCAGGGUCAUCCCCGGUGUGCAGAUGUUGAGUGAGAAGGGACAGCCUAACCACCAGCCUGGCAUAAAUGGCAGCUUGAGCCCUCGGCAGCCCCACGAGCAAACAGAGCAGAUCUCCCUGGGUCUCCAGCCGUGGAUCUGCUUCCACUGCUUUAAAUGUUUUUGCCCUUUUGAUCUUUGAUCUGAGCUGCUGCCGGCGAAAGAAGCGUUUCAAUAUUGACAAAAGCAGUCUAUUGCCACGAACCCACAUGGUGCGGUGCUCUCAUCCCACAGGGGAAGGCUGGGAGCGUUUGCCCGGAUUUAAUAAACCCGUUGUUUCUUUGCAAAUG